ACUUCAAGAACUGUGGAGGCAAAUAAAUGCUGCAGUGUAUCAGUUAUACCGCCAAACAUAAAAAAAACCGAAGGGUUUCAAUUGCAGUUGGAUAACAUGACGAACGACGAAAGUACAUACACGAUUGACUGUGAUGAAGUCGUUCACACUAUUGAGUUUUCUCCGUAUGAGUGGUCGAGUCAGCUGAUUGCAAUCGGCACGGAUUACACGGUCACUAUUACAGCAUGUCGAUUUCAGGAAGAGAGCAAAGAAGUUGAAGAUUUUGAGUACUCUCAGCUUAGACAGUUUCACCAUGGAACAAGAGUGACAGCACUUUCAUGGAGUCCAGCUACUUCUCUAAGUAUCGUGCCAAAACUUGUAAGGUUUGUGACAGCAGGAGCAGAUCACAAGCUAAGAAUAUUUUCUUCAGAUUUGAAGGAUGAUGACUCUGUGAAGCUUUUGGAGGGCCACACCUGCUACGUAAAUGGGGUGACCUUUGACCCUGACAAAGGUAAUCAGAUCGCCAGUGUAGGGGAUGACCAGACAUGUCGGGUGUGGGGAGAGGAUGGGGUUCAAACAGUCUGCUUCCCCCUGGGGUCACCUGGCAUGGGGGUAUGCUGGCAUCAUGAGGAACCCAUGAAGAUAUUGGUUGCCCAAAAGAAUGGAAUAGUACGAAUCUACAGUUUACACAACCAGCAACCAAUCAUGUCCUUGGAUUGUGGGACCUCUCCAUUAAUGGCUGUUGACUGGUGCUAUCAUAACUGCCUCGCAGUCGGGGUUGUAACAGGACCUGAUUGGUUUAUAUUUGAUACAUCCAGGUCAAGCCGACCCAUAGAAAGUCACCAAGCUCAUGCAGAGGGUUGUCGGUCAUUCCGGUGGUCAAAGUCCAGUGAGAACCUUAUUGCAUCAACAGGGCGUCCAGGCUGUCAGCUGAAAGUAUUCAAUUUGCGGAACCAAAAAGUAGCAGUGAAUAAAACACUACAAAUCUCUAAUGGCCUAAGUUGGCAUUUCCGGCUGCCUGUCGUGGCUGUGGGUGGAGAUAAGAAAGUUCAUCUGUGGUUUGUGGAGACAUCUUGAGGAGAGAAUAAGAUCUAAAAUCAUCAAAGUCAUUGCAUCAUUAAAAGUAAUCACCAGGGACAAUAUGGCUGAUGGCGUGCUGCAGUCUGCAGAAAUGUAGCAUGUGAAUCAGGAGAGAUUUUCAUCCAAUUUCUUCUUCAUGUUAGGCCCGCAUCAAUCUUGAAAAUAUGUCUACUCUUUCACUGUAUGAGUAGGUAAAGAUUCAGUCUGCCAGCAAACUUCAGAGAGUGUUGGGUUUCCAUCCAGGCUCUGCUCAGUUUAAUCCCACCAUAAUGCUGGGCACAAGUGAAAUAUUCUUGAGUAUGGCGUAAAACACCAAUCAAAUAAAUAAAUAAAUAAAUAAAGGUAAAGCUUCCUGAUUUUGCCAAGGGACAAAAUAGCCUCAGAAAAAUAUCAGAUUUAAACUUUGUAUGUGCUUCAACCUUUUGCUUGAUUGCAGGAGUUCUUUGUUGGCAGAAAGUUAUUAGGUUAGAAAGGGUUGUUGGGAAGGUACAUGUAUGAUGUUAUCCUGCUGGGAAAAUGUAGGUACCAAAAGUCCUUAAAUAUGCAUCUUUUGUUUUGAGGGGGGGGGGGGGUAGGUCAUUUACUGUAAUUGUCAAAGAAGCAGCAGUGAAUUAUAAGUUGCCAUUUCAAUGUCGCUAGACAGAUGAAAUUCUGCCCUACUGAAAGGAAUACAGAAUCGACUCUGAUUGGCUGACAGUUUAGAUAGGAUUUCGGGUGUUAAGCCUUGCAGCCUUGGUCAUGCUUAAAUAACUGGACCAUACCUAAAAUUCAGCUUAGGCAAAUCAUGGCCUGGACUUGCCUAUCUCUCAAGCCAGCCAGUCAGAAUCGAUUCUGUGUCCCUUUAAGAAACAACCUUACAACCUAUUAUUUGGAUUGAAUAAAGUGGCUUUGAAGAUUGAUUUCUAGAGGACAUUAGAAUGAGCAUUAGUUCUGUAUCAGGAUAGUUGGACUCUGAUCGUGACGGGAAAGGCUGUGUUUAUGAGGUGAGAGACUGUUUAGUCAAUCAUGCUUUUGACAUGUAAGUGCUUAGGACUAACUGUCCAGAAUUGAUGCGAGUUCUGAUACCUGUUCAUCUUCACUUUUCGCAACAAGUUUACCGAUCAUGGCUGAAGAAUUAAAGGAAAAGGCGUUUCACGAAGAGCCGGAUGUGUCUAUUUAGUUGCAAGGCAAGGCAAGGAUGUAUAGGCUAGCCGCAAUUUGUCACCCCCAAUGAAAGAAGUUCUGUAAGAAAAAGCAUAAAUAGUUGUCCAUCAGACAAAAAGUCGGCUGUCCUCUUUAUUCCGACCGCUGAUGUGACGUAGAUGUCUGUAUGGAUUGUGGGUGGGUCCUUUAGUACACUAACAGGAUGUUGACCAUACAACUUCUUAAUUUAUUUAACGCGGCUUUUCGAUCUAGAGACUAAAAUUGUUAUGUGAAUUUUUUUGGUUUAUUGCCGCCUGUAAUACUUUAGUCCUGUCACAACAGCAUGUCCUUUAUGGGCAGCUCCUGAUGGCGGCGUUCAAUUAAAAGGAUACACCAAACGCUGAUCCAGUACCCUCCGUGAACAUGUAAUCCUCGAGAUUAGCAUCACCCCCCACUCCAUCCCAGGAUACCGAGCCCACUUC